AAUCUCUCCCCGCAGUCCCUUGCCAUUUAAACCAUGUUCCACACCCCACUUCCCUCCCUUCAAAUUCAUUUCAAAACAAUACAGAACGAUCCAAUCUUCCCUGAUCCACACAGAUAGAAUAGAAUAACGCGUCAACCAUGAAGCUGUCUCUUUCUGUCGCCGGUGCUGCUGCGGUGCUGGCCGUAGCGGCGUCGGCCGCCCCCGCUUCUCUUACCAGGCGUGAAGUUCCUCAGGAGCAUUCCCAUGAUUUGAUCGUCAAUGCGGUCCGUCAAAUCUUCAUCAAAGACACCCAAGGUUUCCCCGACCCAAUCUUCGCCCUCCUCGGCAACGCCGCCGCCCUCUCCGCCCUCACCCCCACAACCGUCACCGACAAAGACCCCAACAACCUCCAACUCCACAUCGCGGAUAUCACAAUCACCAAUUGCAAGAAAACCACCCCGGUUGAUCCACUCUGCAUCGCCCGCGCAGUCCAGUUCCGCGCCCUUGAACGAAACACCCCCGGUGUGGGCACCAAAUCGGGGGCAGCGACGGCUAAACCGGUUAACAAGGAACUGGAUGAGAUAUCCCAGCAUCAGGACCCUGCGUCUGAUGGAGCGGGGCAGGUGAAUAAGGAGGUGGAGAUUGCGGUUGCGAGAACGUUGGCGGGGUUGGGCAUUGAGAAGGGGAUCGCUGUGGGGUUGGCGUUGGAGACUGCGACUUUUGCGGCUGGGAACAGGGCGGAUAGUACGGGGAAGGGGAAUGUGUGUGAUACGAAUGGGAGUCUUGAUGGGCAGAUAAACGUUAAGUUGGGGAAGGAUACUGUUGAUCCUGUUACUGGAAGUCUGGUGAAGGCGGGGACCAUUGAUUGUAUUACCGCUGCUGAUCUGGGACAGGACCCGAACAACCGUUCCAAGCGUGUGCCGGCGACUACCCGUCAACAGCUUCUAGAUGCCAUCGGUGGCGGAACCAAUGGGAAUCAGAACCAGAACCAGAACUCGAACACGGGCAACGACACCAAACAGAACCCAAAGCCGAACGAGAACGAAAACAAGAACCAAGGCCAGAACGGACAAGCCCAAACAGUAACCGUCACUGCAACCGUCACCGCAACCGCAACCGUCUGUCCCGCCGCGACCCCCGCCCCAUCCGGCCCACAACCCGCCCCAACCCCAGCAGCCCCCGCCCCCGCCAAGAUCGAUCUCGGCACCUGCACCGACGCCCCCACCAUCGCCUUUGGCCCGUCCUUCGACGGCCGCCGCGAAAACUCCUUCCAACCCGUCAACCUUCGCACCUUCACCCACGGCUCCGCCCUCAACAUCGAUGUCAUCGCCAGUUUCAUCUGUGACCGCCUCGGUGACAAAUGCCAGGCGAAGGAGGCGCAGAGUGUUUGUAAGAGGGUGGCGGCGGAGCUGCAGAAGAGUGGGGAUAGAAGUGGGAAGGCUGCGGAUGUUUUCAAUAGGGCGUUUGGGGUGGUCACGGAGUUUGAGAAGGUCAAGUAGGGCGGUGCAAAAUGGGUUCGGGUUAAGGACUUGAUGGCGUGUACGUACUGUACAUAGUGUAUGUCUUAUGGAGAUAUGGAUGUUUUGCAGAUAGAGCCGAGACAAUCUUGUAUAUAUAUGGACGUGAAUAACGGGGAUGUUGAAUAGCGGUCGGGUCGGGUUAAGAAACACGGGAAAGGAGUG